AUGGCGAUGCUGGGGGCCCUGGUGGCCACCGUGGCCGGGCUGCUGCUGGUCGCGCUGCUGGUGGCCGCGGCCGCAGCCCGGCUGGCACCGUUCCUGUGGCAGGAUUUGAUGUUCUUCGCCACCAUGGUCCGGUCGUCGCUGCGGUGCCACCGUCGCCUGCGCCGCCGUCCCGCCGUCACCUUGCUGGACGUGUUCCGGCAGCACGCCCGGAGCCGGCCUCGCCAGCCCCUGCUGCGCUUCCAGGACGACAUUUACACCUUCGAGGACAUGGACAGGGCCAGCAACCGAGCGGCCUGGGCCCUGUCGCGGCGCCUGGGGCUGCGGAGCGGCAGCACCGUGGCCGUGUUCCUGCCCAACGAGCCGGCCUACGUGUGGACGUGGCUAGCGCUGGCCAAGCUGGGCUGUGCCAUGGCCUGCCUCAACUGCAACGUGCGGGGCCGGGCCCUGCGGCACGCGCUGGAGGCGGCCCACGCCACCCUGGUGCUGGCCAGUCCCGAGCUCCGGGAGGCCGUGGAGGAGGUGCUGCCCGACCUGCAGCGCGACGGCGUCCGCGUCUUCUACCUGAGCCAGGUGUCGCCCACGCCAGGUGUCGAGGCCCUGCUCGGUGCCAUCGAGGCUGCCCCCGACGAGCCCCCGCCCGCCUGGCACCGCGCCGGCGUCACCGCCAACUCCAAGGCCAUGUACAUCUACACCUCGGGCACCACAGGGCUGCCCAAGGCCGCGGUGAUCACGGAGAUGAAGCUGCUGAUGGUGGCCAGCCUGGCCCGCAUCUGUGGCCUGCGGGCUGAUGACGUCGUGUACACAACACUGCCACUCUACCACUCGGCCGGGCUGCUGGUCGGCAUAGGGGGGUGCCUCGAUAUCGGUGCCACCUGUGUCCUGCGCUCCAAGUUUUCGGCCUCCCAGUUCUGGGCCGACUGCCGGCGCUACAACGUCACCGUCAUCCAGUACGUGGGCGAGCUCAUGCGCUACCUGUGCAACACGCCCCAGCGCCCCGAUGACCGCGAGCACGGCGUGCGCAUGGCCCUGGGCAACGGCCUGAGGGCCGAGGUUUGGAAGGAGUUCCUGCGGCGCUUCGGGCCCGUGGCCAUCUGGGAGUUCUACGGAGCCACCGAGGGCAACGCCGGCUUCAUCAACUACACCGGGAAGGUCGGAGCCGUGGGCAGGGCCAACAGGUUCCUGCAGCUCUUCGCUCCCUUCGAGCUGAUCCGCUACGACGUGGAGCAGGACGAGCCCGUGCGCGACGAGCGAGGGCUCUGCGUCCCCGUCCGAGCCGGUGAGACGGGGCUGCUGGUGGUGAAGAUCACCAAGAACACGCCGUUCCACGGCUACGCCGGCGACUCGCAGAAGACGGAGAAGAAAAUCCUGAGGGACGUCCUGGCCAAAGGCGACGCCUUCUUCAACAGCGGCGACCUGCUGCUCAUGGACGGCCAGAGGUUCAUCUACUUCCAGGACCGCGUGGGCGACACUUUCCGCUGGAAAGGGGAGAACGUGGCCACGACGGAGGUGGAGGCCACGCUGGCCUUGGUGAGCUUCAUCCAGGAGGUCAACGUGUACGGCGUGGCCGUGCCGGGGUGCGAGGGCCGCUGUGGCAUGGCCGCCGUGUGCCUCAAGGCCGGCGCCGCCUUCGACGGGGACGAACUGUUCGCCUUCACACGGGACACGCUGCCCGCCUACGCCGCCCCCCGCUUCGUCCGCAUCCAGGUGAGACCNCGGGCACCUUCAAGCAGUGCAAGAACAACCUGGUCAGGGAGGGUUUUGACCCCGGUGCCAUCCGGGACCGUUUGUUCUUCCGCGACGACGCCCGCGGCUCCUACGUGCCCCUGACCCCGGAAACCUUCGCCGCCAUCCGGGACAUGAAGCUCAGCCUCUAGCGGCUCCUCCGGGCCCCUGACGGCCCCGGGAUAAUUAGCAAAGGUUAAUUUGGGGUUAAUCAA